AUGUCCCAGCCCUACUCAGGUGAUUUUCGCAAGAAUAGCAGAAGGAUGCUCUUCGACAGGCUAAUAGAAGCCAUAGAAAACCUUUCCGAUACCGUAAAGGAAGGAGGUUUGGGUGCUGUCUGUAAAGGCAGCCUGGACGAAGACAAAUGGAGCGAUACAAAGAUAAAGUUUAUGAGGAAGUACGGGCAUAUAAGAUGA